AUGGCUGACCCGGCAGUACAGCGUCUCGGAAAACGCGAGCUAGGCCGCUAUGCUUACGAAGCCCGCAUGCCAGACAGCCUGAUCACAGAGCUGACUCACGAAGGUGACCCCAAUCGCAUAUCCGGAGUCGUGCCAAAACUUGCCAAUCUCAUCGAGCGCGAUCAGAACGUCGAAGUAGCUUACCUGUGCACCGAAAGCGCUGAUCAGAUUUGGAAGCUGCCUGAUGAAGGUGCGCACUUUUGUGGCUAUCGCAACAUUCAGAUGUUGUGGUCUGCAUUGUAUGCCGCUGAUCACGAAGGCGUGAGGUUGGGCCAGUCUCGACCAACAGUCCUCGACCUUCAGGAUAUGAUCGAGCAAGCCUGGGAUGCUGGCUUCAAUGAGCAUGGUAGAGUUGCGACUGGUGGCAUCCGCAAUACAAGGAAGCACGUUGGCACCUCUGAAGCUGAAGGUCUGAUGCUGAGCUUGAGCAUUCCUUGUGUGGGCAGAGCGUUUGAUGGCAAAGAAGCCUGGAAGGAGCUUUUCGAUUCCAUCGAGACAUACUUUUCUUCUGCUGCUAAGCAGUCAAACGAUGGCAAGGUGAGGAUGACCGGCUGUAUGCCAGUCUUUUUGCAGCGGCCAAAGCACUCCAUGACUGUCGUCGGAUUCGAACGCACACUGUCUGGAAAGCGCCGUCUGCUGACUUUCGACCCAGCUUGGAGACCACCAGGAGACAUGAUGAAGCCUACAAGUACCAGGCCGUUUCGAUGGAAAGUUGCCUGGACGCUUCGCAUGUAUCGCAAAAGCCAGAGAUAUCUGAAGCGUUUCCGAGCGUUCGAGGCGCUGGAGAUAUCCGGAAGACCUGGCAGAGCUCAGUGA